GAAAACACACAUAAAACUCCUCCUCUCUUUCUCUCUCUCACACACACAUACACAAACACAGACAAGGAGAGAUGUCUAAGUUCGAUUAUCCGAAACUCCCCCGGAAAGAGAUCAUCGGAGUACUCGCCGAAUCACGAAUCGUCAACGUCUCCGAAGCCGAACUCAUCAAUCCCAGGCCCGAUGUCGUCAACAAUAUCUACACUCAAAUACUCGUCCACAUCGGCUGUCUCCAGGAAGAUUGCGGACUAGUCGAAUUCGUAGACCUAGAACAACUUGAAAACCCCGAUUUGCAUGUUGACUCUGUAAGAAUGAUGAAUUUGUUCAACAAGAUAAGGGGAGUCAUUUCCGCCCUCGACUGCCCUAAGAAUUUCACUCUAAAAGAUCUCAUUAAGCCUGAAGGCGAUCGCACUGAGUUUUUUAUUGGUACUAUCCUUAAUUUUUGCCUUCACAGAGACACAAGAAUGGAGCUAAUAAAACCAGUCGUGGAAGAUGUGACAAAUCUUGAUGAGCAACAACAAGCGAUUGAAAAUAGAAUAUCACAGUUAAAUGCAGAAUUACUAGAGUUUAAUGAAUCAAGAGAAAAGGAGAUGCCACUAAUUCAAGAAGUUGACAUCAAAAUUAAAGAACUACGCCAAACAAUUUCAUCUCUUAAUAAUCAGCAAAUGUCCCUAAAGGCUACAUUUAGAAAAAAGAAGGAUGCAGUUAAAGAAAUGGAUGAAAAGAUUUCAAGUGCAGAGUUUGCUUUGGUACAAAGUGCUCAAGAAAAUGCGAGUCUGCGUUCCAAAAUUGUUCAAUCUCCAGAUAAACUACAGAGGGCAUUGGAGGAAAAGAAAGGAGUUCAAAUUGAGGCUAAGAAUGCAGAAAGAGAAGCAAUGCAGUCUUUUCAUGAAAAAUCUGCCAUCCUUGAAGUCUAUGCAAAGGCUAGCAAGAAAAUGAGCAAACAUUUGAAGCAGAUGCAGGCAUUACAAGAGCAGGUGAACUCAGCCAAACAAGUUGAGAAAGAUGUGAAGGUGUUGAAAGUUAAGAAUAGUGAUGAUGGGGUGUUGGAUAAAUCACUUGAAGCCAAAUUAUUUGAACAACAAGGCAGAGCGGACCAAUUAGAGGAACUACUACAACAAUUAGAAAAAGAAAAGGAUCUUAAGUGUGAAGAGGCUUCCAAAGAACUUAAUAAUGUGAGAUCACAAGUGGAAUAUAAUAGACAUGGAUUGGAACAAAGGCAAAAAAACAUAGAAGCUCUGGUUGCAGAGGUGGCUGCUAUAAAUGAAAAGAUUAAUGUGGAGAAUGAUUCAGCAACAGCUAAACAACAAAUAUUAUUCAGUAAAUGUGAAGAGAUUACUAAAGAGUUUUUGGAGUACACAAAUUCUACCGGGCAGUUGCUUUCAAAGAUUGGGGAAGGAGCUGAUGGCUUGGCAAACUAACUGAUGGAUAUUUUAUGUUUUGAUGAAUCUCUAUUAUUUAUGGUGCUUUAUUUCUUUUAAAUGUUUAUGAAGCUCAAGUGACAAUCUCUUAAGUUGUAACAGAGAUUGAAGAGCUUAUAUGUUAUCUCUAAAGAAACAUGUUUACUAGUGUUUUUAACUUGGUUUAUUCGUAUGUAGAAGAUUAGACUAGAGUGGAUGAAGUUUGGAGAAAUGGAUGUAUG